ACUGUUUGCUUGAUUUUUUUAAUUUUUCAUUUGUUUUGAAAAAGCCGAGCAAACCCGACGCGCCGAGAAAUCGCGUAAAAAUAGGCAGGCGCAGACUAGCAAGAAUCGCGGGGCGCAAUACUGAAUACUGUUAACAAGUGUGUGGGAGCCGAUUGUUGAUUUCGCAUCGAUAUUGAUAGUAGCCGCUGCCGAGGCGAAUAAUAAACACAACACUUGUUGUUUACAUUUGUGCAUUUAAGUUUCCCGCAAAAGUUAACGCAUAAAAAGUGGUUACUUGUGGUUUCCAGUUGUGCCAAUACGAAAGUUUGCUAAAUUACAGCCAUCACAAUAAUACUUACAAAGUUUUCAACUCACUGAAUGUCCGAAAAUAAAGGCAUAAUGCUGGCCAAAUCUGUGCAAAAACACGCUGGACGUGCCAAGGAGAAAAUUCUACAAAACUUGGGCAAAGUUGAUCGCACUGCAGAUGAAAUCUUGGACGAUCACUUGAAUAACUUUAACCGGCAGCAGGCCAGUGCCAACAGAUUACAAAAGGAGUUCAAUAACUACAUAAGAUGUGUUCGUGCUGCACAAACCGCCUCCAAGACGCUGAUGGAUGCCGUUUGCGAGAUCUACGAGCCACAGUGGAGCGGCUACGAUGCCCUGCAGGCACAGACUGGCGCCUCGGAGAGUCUGUGGGCGGACUUUGCGCACAAACUGGGUGACCAAGUGCUCAUUCCCCUCAACACAUACACCGGACAGUUUCCCGAAAUGAAGAAAAAAGUGGAGAAGCGCAAUCGCAAGCUGAUUGAUUACGAUGGCCAGCGUCACUCCUUCCAGAAUCUGCAGGCCAAUGCCAAUAAGCGCAAGGAUGAUGUCAAGCUAACCAAAGGACGCGAACAGCUGGAGGAGGCCCGACGCACCUACGAGAUCUUGAAUACGGAACUGCAUGAUGAGCUGCCCGCCCUAUACGACUCGAGGAUACUGUUUUUGGUCACAAACUUGCAAACCCUUUUCGCCACAGAACAGGUGUUCCACAACGAAACGGCCAAGAUCUACUCGGAACUGGAGGCUAUCGUCGAUAAAUUGGCCACAGAAUCGCAGCGCGGUUCCAAUACGCUACGCAAACAAACAAGCAAUCCCAUCAAGACAUCGAGUCCAGUGGAGUCGCCGGUCAGCAAGCUAAACAACGCCAACAUCAACAGCAACUAUCAGAAUCAGAUUACCACCAACGGUGGCUCCAGUCUGGCAAACAGCCCAACCUCCACCAGCUCGUCGCUGCAAGAGCCGAGAUUUGAUUCAGUUUCUUCAACACCAGAACCGACACCGGAUUCCCCGCCAGCUUCCAGCAGGAGUCCCGCGGAGAACGGUGUGGCAGCGACCGCAGCCAAGCCAGCGGAACGUCCCGACCUGAGCGGCCUGAACGCGAGUGCCACGCAGGCGACCACAACCACACAGACCUCGCCCACGGCCGAGGAGAAGGAGAAGGUCAGUGAGACAGCGGCGGCAAAGCAGCUAGGAGCUGGCGAUGCCACUGAAGGAGCCGAAGCCACACCUGUAGCAGCAGCAGCAGCAGCAGCAGCUGCGCCCCAGGUUAACGGGAACAACAAUGAACCGCCGACGUCCACUAGCAAUUCCAAGGAGGGCGGCAAGCAGCCCAAGGAACUGCCCAGCACCAACAGCAGCAAUGCCGAGGCAGCUGCCGAAGCGGCGGCCAACAAUGGCAACUCCAUCGAAGAGCACAAGCAGAAGAAAUUAGGUAAUGACACCGACACCGACACAGACACGGCCACAGUCACCACCGCAGACACCAUCAAGCACCUAGUUACAUCAGCAGAUACAGAAAUCAAAUCAAAAUCCAAAUCCAAAUCAGAUUCAGAUUCAGACACAGUCACUACCAAGAACAGCAGCAGCACAGGCACAAGUCAGAACAGUAGACCCAUACCUAGUAGGCACAGCGUAACUAAUCCCAAUAAGAAUCCGUUUGAGGAAGACGACGAACGCAUCUACGAGGUGCCAGCUGAUGCCAACACCGCUGACUUGCCAGCCGGCGUCCUGUACCGUGUGAAGGCCACCUAUGGCUAUGUCAAGGAAGAUGUGGAUGAGCUGAGCUUUGAAAUUGGAGACACAAUUCGGGUGAUCGAGUACGAUGACCCCGAGGAUCAGGAGGAGGGCUGGCUGAUGGGUCAGAAGGAGGGCACCACCGAGAAGGGCCUGUUCCCCGCCAACUUCACGCGUCCCAUUUGAGCUGGAGGAGGAGAGGCUUACGGAGAAGCCACCGAGCUAGCAACGAACCAGGAACGGCGCCAGCAGCAAAAGCAAAAGCAACAGUAACUUCAGUUAAACUAUAAACCCACACUUUUGAAACGGAGAUCCGAUCCCCCCCAUCAUAAACGUUCGGCCUAAAUUAUCUUUGUGAGCGCUGCCUCUACUUUUGUUCAAUAUUAAUAAAUUCUUGUUUUGUGAAAUGUCUCCCUUGGAUUAACGAUCUUUCCAGCGAUUGUAAGAGCAGUGCUUCCAACCAUAAAUUAUAAAUUAGAAAUUAAAAUUAAAUUAUUGUUAACGAGAACAAAAACCAACACGAGAACGCAGUUGAGAGUAGAGGGAAUAUUUUUGAAGAUGUUUCAAACAUUAUUUUUUAGUUCUAAGUUUCAACAACAACAACAACAAGAAAAUCUAAAGCAUUAAACUACGUAUACAUAUA